GGAGGCCAGCGGUGGCCGCCGGUUGAUGCUCGAGGCGCCACUUACAUAACCGCGGACUGGUCAACCCCUUUCUCUGGUCCCUCUCGCCUCGAGGCCUGGUAGGGUGACCGACGGGCGAGGAGGGCGGUCGCAACUCAUCCUCGGUAUAAAAAGAUGGUUCGCCCAUAACGACGUGGCCGUCUCGCUGCAUCGAAAGGGGGGCGCAACCAUGAGAAUCCUUGUGGCCACCGUGUUUCUGGGCCUCGCGUCAUACGCGCUGGCCGAUGGUCUCCACCACCUCGACAUUGCCAAGCUUGGCAACGUGGGCUACGUGGCCCGGGGUCCCGGAGCCCUUGAGUACCACCAAGGUGGAGGCGUGAUCCCGGCCGGCUUUCCCACCGUGGAUCGCGGACAUACCGGCACUUCUGUCCACGGACCACCCAUCACCGACACCCACGGCGUCUCAGUAUCGCAGCCUGCUGUGUCUGUCACCCAGCAGCGAGUCGUGCAGCCUGCCAUUACUGUGACCCAGCAGCGGCCCGCAAUCACCGUGACGCAGCAGCGAGUGGUGCAGCCUGCAGUCACCGUGACGCAGCAGCGGCCCGCAAUCACCGUGACUCAGCAGCGAGUCGUGCAGCCUGCCGUGACCGUGACUCAGCAGCAGCCGGCCCUCACCUUCACACAGCAGCGGGUGGUUCAACCGGCCGUCACAGUGACACAGCCUGGGUACGCCAUCACUCAGCAGCGCGUCCUUCAGCCCGCUGUCACGGUGACCCAGCAGCAGCCGGCUGUCACGGUGACCCAGACCCAGCAGCGCGUCGUUCAACCGGCCACUGUCGUCAGCUCCGUGCCCGGCAUCGCUGUCACGCAGCAGCGCGUCGUGCAGCCCGGAGGUGUAGCCGUCAGCCACAUUCCGGGAUCUGUGUACACCACCCAGGGCGCCUACGGACUCGGAGGUACUUACGGUAUCACACUUGUCAGGCCGGACGGUAAUUACGGCUUCGGUUACGGAAUUGGCGGCGCUCAUUAUGGCGCAGGCCUGCUGGUCCACCAGCCAGGUCAAGCCGUGACCACGGUGCACCCGGGAGCCGCAUACGGCUAUGGGACUGUGGCUUACCGUCCGGGACAGGCUAUCACCACGGUGAGGCCUGGAGCGGCCUACGGCUACGGAGCCGUCUCCUACCAGCCGGGGUCCACGGUUACUACUUACAGGCCCGGAACAGCCUACAAUAUCAACGCGGUCACCUACCAGCCAGGAUCUGCGGUCACCACCGUGAAGCCAGGAUCUGCUUACGGCGUCGGUACACUCACCUACCAGCCGGGCUCUGCAGUCACCACCUAUCGGCCAGGAGCCGUGGGUUACGGCGCGACCACCGUCACCCAGCCGGGCGCCGCUGUCGUGCAGCAUACUCCAGGUUACAUCUAUGGCCUCGGAUACGGCACUCGUACCAUCGGUGUGCCUGAAAUUCGUUACCACACUAGGCCCGUCAACUUCGGCUACGGAUAUGGCUUGGGCGGCACCCGCUAUGGCUCACUAUACCAUCCUGGUGCCGUCGUGCACGGCGCAGGCUUCGGCCUUCUGCACACCCCAGGUUCCGCUGUCGUCCACCAUGUUCCUGGUGUCGCUGUGGGCACACCCGGUGCGGCUGUAACAACCUACAGGACCGCCACCUUGACUGCUCCAGGCGGCGCUGUUGUCCACCAAGUUCCGGGUGUCACGACAUACAGGACUGCCACCGUAACUUCUCCUGGCGGCGCAGUUGUCCAGCAGGUGCCGGGCGUCACCACAUACAGAACCGCUACCCUGACUUCUCCUGGCGGUGCUGUUGUCCAGCAGGUGCCCGGCGUCACCACGUACAGAACCGCUACUGUGACUGCUCCUGGCGGCGCUGUUGUCCAGCAGGUGCCAGGAGUCACUACCUACAGGACCACUACGGUCAACGCGCCUGGAAGUGCUGUUGUCCAGCAGGUGCCAGGCGUCACUACCUACAGGACCACUACGGUCAACGCGCCUGGAAGUGCUGUUGUCCAGCAGGUGCCAGGCGUCACUACCUACAGGACCACUACGGUCAACGCGCCUGGAGGUGCUGUUGUCCAGCAGCCCGGGUUCGCCGUCACUGGCGUCAAGACAUACACCGUCCCUGGCUCGGCCGUUGUACGGCAGUUUCCAGGAGUUACCACUUACAAGACCGCUACAGUUAGCGCUCCAGGUUCUGCUGUUGUCCAACAGCCUGGUUUCGCUAUCACCGGUGUCAGAACCGUCUCCACUCCCGGAUCUGCUUAUGUGCAGCAAGUGCCAGGCUCUGUCACCACUUACAGGACAGCCACUAUUUCCGCUCCCACAGCCACCGUCGUUCAGCGUCCAGGCGCUGUGACCACGUACAGGACUGCGACCGUGAGCUCUCCAACUUCCACCGUCGUUCAGCAGCCCGGUAUCACCACCUAUCGGACCACAGCCUUGCAGCAGCCAGACAUUCACGUCCUUCACCAGCCAGCUGUGGCCACUGGGACCCUAGUUGCCCCUAUCAACACCGGCACCGUCACCACUUACAAGAGUGCCGCCCUCGGCGCUCAAGAUGCUGCUCUCUUCCAGCAACCGGCUGUGUCCGUUGUCCACCAUCCAGGUGCUGCCACUGGUGCCCUCGUGACCCCGGUCACCGGAGCUGCGGUUACCACCUACAGGACCGGUACCGUGACUACUCCCGGACACGCCGUUGUCCACCAGAUUCCAGGAGCCGUCGUGCACUCCCCUGGUGUUGCUACAACUGUGGUUGGUCAUCCAGCCGGGGCCUACUCUGUGGUUCCAGGACAGAGUAUCAUGUAUGGAGUCGGAGGACUCCGCUACGCCGGCGAUCUCGACGCCGCCGUUCAGGGCGCCCUCCAAGGAGCGGUGCUCAUCCACGCGGCUCCCGCCCCCGUGGCGGUCACCAAUGUCCUCCCAGGUGCGGUCACGUACCACGGUGCCGCCACCGCCGUUCCGGGAGCAGCCGCUGUGCUGCACCACGUGCCCACGGCCGCCGAGCUGAGGCAGCUCAUCACCUACGGCUACGGCUACGGCCUCGGAGGCGUGCGCUACAGCCACGCCACUCCGGCCUCCGUGGUGGCCGCUCCGGGUGCCACCACCGUGGUGCACGAGGCGGCGCCCGCUGUCGUGACGUCGCACGCGAUUCCGGCCGCCGUACAGCACUACGCGCAGCGUUACAUCUCGUACGGCCCGACAACCAGCCUCAAGUACACCGUGGACCCGAGCAUCCAGCCCCUCCAGACGCUCAAGAAGAAAUAGACGGCACCCAGGACCAGGAACCACGUCCCAACCGCAGCUCCGCUAACUCACACAUGGAUGUCCACGUAAUGAACUUCACAAACCCGAGGCGCGCAAUCUUCUAUUUA